AUGUUAGAUGUCUGCGAAAGUGCCAACGAAAGCAGUCAAGCAAGCAAGGAUGGGCAUUAUGUUGGACAAGACUUGCGAAAAAUCUCAACCGCCACGGAGGAACUGAAACCUGAGCCAAAUGUUACCACAGCGCAUGGCAAAACGGACAGGGCUUUAGCGGACUCAUUCAGGACCGAAACAGACUCAGAGGAUCCAAAACAGGACCAUAUAAAUGCCAUAACUGGCGGUGGGACGCGUGGCUUUAGAGCAGAGGAGCCGAGGGCAACGGAGCACUUCCAGCCUCUAACCGUGGAAACGGACCAAAGAGCUCACAUCACAGGCCUAAGAUGCAGUAGUUUUUCUCACUGCUAUUCUUAUCCACCGGAUUUAACAAGAUAUAUCAUCAACCCCUUGGGUGUCGCACACCGUCUCCUACACCCUGCUGCCCAAGUCAAAGUGCAGGGUGAAACUUUCUCCAGUGUAGCAGCAGCGACAGCCAUGGGUCACAUGCUGGCAGCUGUGUCAUCUGGCGGAGUGUGCGCCAUGGGCACGGCUGGUAUUCCGGCAUCUUCUUUACAAAGAGUGUCAGGAACGUCAGGAUUACCCGUGAACUUUCAGCAGCAUGCUAUGGCGUCACAGGUAUGCCCGUCAUUUAUUAAUUCAGCAACAAUACUCAAUAGGCUGCCUUUAUAUCUGUGCCCAUGACGCAUGUAAAUUAAGUAGGCUAAUGUAAGUCCUUAUUAUGAAAAUAACUGUCAACUUUGCUAGCCCUAACCACUCUUUCUUUAUUUCCCAUGCAGGGCCUCACAGUUUCUCCAAUUGGUGGUAUUUUCCCCUACCCCUACUCCUAUUUGGCAGCAGCGGCUGCUCUCUCCACCACAGCAUCGACCCCAGUACAUCGCCACCCAGUGCGCCCUCGUACUCGGUUCAGACCCUACUACAUUCCCAAUAGCGUACCAGACAACUGUUUGACACCACCGACAUCUAUUCAUCUUAUGACUGAUAGAGACGUGAAUUGUCACAGUAUUGGAAAUAGUCCGAUUGCUGCCAGAUUGGACUGUAGGCCUACGUCAGAGGUCAACAGUGAUUCUUUGCCACUGGGUUAA